UUUUAGGCUGCCAUAGGCAGGGAGCUCUUAACUAGGUAAUUACUUCAUAAGUAUACAUAAAACUUUUUUUUUUUAUUAUAAAAAUUUCAUUUUUAAAAUUUGUAUUUGUGUUCUUUCUGCUUUUAUCACAUCAGUAAUAGAAAAUUAUCGAGUAAACUAGGAACAAAGGUGAAUAUUUCAAGCCAAGUGCCCUUGUAAGAAAAACUGUGUUGGAACAGUACAAUAAUUAAGAUUAUGUGCCUGCGGCUAUGAACAUUAACUCUGUGAGUCACUGAUUACCAGCUCUACUGAUUUAAACCUGUUAUAUGCUUUAUGAAAUAUGUUUAUUUUUUACUUUAAAAUGUUUAAAGUAGAUAAGAUUUUUUUCCUCAGAUAAAGUGUAUUUUUUACUGUCAUUUUUAACAUUGUUAUAAUUCAUUGAUAUUCUUUUUUAGGAAAACCUAUGUUACUGGGUAGGUUGUUAUAAUUCAUUCAUAUUAUUUUUUAGGGAAACCUAUGUUACUGGGUAGGUUGAUUGUGGAUGAUGUUGCUCAGAUGAAUCGUGGAAGGAUAAGAGAUUUGCUUGUGCAAGACCUCAAGUGGACAACACUCCUGCUGUGGUUCAUCUGGUCAUCCUGUGCAUUCUGCUAUUAUGGAGUUGUGCUCAUGACUACAGAAUUAUUUGAAGCCAAAGGGAAUUUGUGUUCCAUAUCUGGCACAGAGGGUGUACAUACCUGUUCUGCUGACUGCCGCCCAUUAAAUUCAGAAGAUUAUUUGGAUCUUUUGUGGACAACACUUGCAGAAUUUCCUGGGAUUUUCUUCACUAUCUUAGUAAUAGAAAGACUUGGAAGGAAGAAGACUAUGGCCCUUGAGUUCAUUGUCUUCGUAGUUUCAAUUAUUUUUCUAUUCAUCUGCACUUCCAACCGUACCUGGUUGACCUUCAUUCUGUUCGUAGCUCGAGGAAUCAUUUCAGGUGUGUUCCAAGCUGCAUAUGUCUACACUCCAGAGGUUUAUCCAACAUCACUACGAGCUGUUGGUGUGGGAACGUGCUCUGGAAUGGCUCGCUUUGGGGCUAUGUUGACUCCCCUUGUUGCACAGGUCUUGACACGCACAUCAGUUCAUUUAGCAACAGCAACAUAUGGCAUUGUAGCUAUAUUAGCUAUAACAGCAGCUCUCAUGUUGCCCAUUGAAACCAGAGGCAGAGCAAUGACAUAGUGUUAUUACUGUUUUCAUGUAAAUAUAACCAAAGACUUAAAUUCUAGGGAACCAUUAUAAAAAGAUGGAAUGCGGUAACUGGAUGUUAUAAAGCUUGAUAAUGAAAAUAGCAUGUAGUCACAUGCUACAUGCUAUCAUUUCUGUAUAUACAUACUGAUACAUACAUACUUGCAUAGUCUAGCAAGUUGUUGGGAAACUUAUCAAGUGGAAGAGAAUGGUGGUAUAUUAACAAGAAAUUAUUUCUUUGUACUUUAAGACAUGCUAUGGCUGUUAGCGUCAUAGGUCAGAAUUUUAGUUCUUUAUGUCAUGGUAAAUGAAAUUUUAAAUUUUUUAAUGUGCUGCAAUUCAAAAUUACAGUAAUUAUAAAGGGAAUGUUAUUACCGAUAAGUACAUAGUUGUUACUAUAUGAAAGAAACCCUCAGUCUUAACACUAGGAUAAAUCUUCUAGUACUAGCUGGAAACUGUUAGUUAACAAAAUUGUGUAUGCAAGAGAUUCUUGGCAUCUGUGCUUGGUCACGAGUUAUGUGGGACCACCCACAUAGCCCUUAGCAACCUGUGGCCAUGCCAGUUACUGUUUUACCACCUUUAGGAUAGGGCAUGUUUCUUCUUCCUCUUUAAAGCCAGUCAGUUUACCCGCUCUUUAUUUCAUUCUGGGUUUCAGUGCGUGAAUUUGCUGGUGAUUGUAUCGUGUGACUGGAUAUUAUGGGUACCUUUAUCCCACCAUGAGAAAAUUUCUUCUGGAUAUGGUAAGAAGUAAAGGAGGGCCCUGGUAUCAGCAGAUUCCCUUGUUUGCAAUUCUGAACAUCGGUGUAUAUGGGUCUUAAUCCAAUGUUUAGUAAAUGCAGAGAGAACGUAUGUACUAUUACCAAUCCCUGUUCUGUUUGUUGUUCUUGCUUGGUGGAACAAUGGAAAAGGUUUUAUGAGAAAGGUCAGUACAAGAGGAAGGAGACGAUGCCAUCUUGGAAUUGUGAUUCAUUUACUUUUGUUUUGCCUCCAUGUGAUGCUGUCCCUUCUCUAGAGAGGCCUGUUCCAUCAUGUUUCUCCUUCUGUAUUAGAAACUUCCCAUACCCCUUCUGCUUCAUCCAAUGAUUUGUCAUUGGAUGCAUUGGGAAGGGUUUUUAGCAGAUUUUUGCCUCAUUUUGCUUCUUGUUUCCCUUUGGGGAGGGGGCCAUCACCAUCUUUGUUUCAUGUUCCAACCUCAGAUGCGCAGAGGAUGGAGGGCAUGUGGGCUUCGCUAGGCUUAUUGUCUCACUACAUAGCUAACCACUUCCCUCCUGUGCCUCAUUCUAUGGGUGUCCCUUCUCCCCCUGGUCGACACUAUACAGGCAGUUCCUGGGUUUCACAGGGGGUUACGUUCCAAUGGCCUGAUGAUAAGCAAAAAUCGCCAAUAACCACAAAUCAGCGAUUUUCAGGAUAACCAGUUAAUGGCGCCUCUGUUAGGUAUGUAUCGGCACCAAUAACCGGAAAUCGGCACAUUUCAGCGCCAAAAGUUGGUCGGCAAUUUUCGGCACUAGACAUGCGGCAUAAAACCAGAUUGCCAAUAACUGGGAAUUAAUUGCCUGCAUGGGGUCAAACGCCAUGACAUCUACAGGGUUCCACAUGGUACCAAUCCCGCAUCACGUAGGGACUCACUUUACUGUGCCUAUAGGCGAACCAACGGCCUCCUUGCGUUUUCCAUCGAGCAUAGUGAUACCACAGCCAGGAACCUCAGUGACGUCACAAUCCAACAUGGCAGUUGUCAUGACGUCACAGCCUAUUCUGCCUGCCCUCUCAACUCCGAUGACGACAGAUACAACUACACUUUCGGAUUCGGUAGUGCGCACGGGUAUGGAGAAGCUACAAGCUUCAGAGGAGAAGAUUAAUAGGACAUGUAAGAAGAAAAGACGUGGCUUCCUCUUCUUGUAUUACUUCCUCCUCAAAGACUUCAGCUUUGUCAGAGUGUUCUGUCUCUCCUGUGCGUGCUCCAGUUAGGCGUUGGAGAAUCAGGGACUUCGUGGCUGAUCCUUGUGCCGAGAGAAGAAUUAUUUCUUCUUCAUCUUUGAGCCGGGACCAUCACAUCCCUGUAAGAUGGAAAGCCCAAGUAGUCACUAGCUCCACGUCGAAAGUUAACAGCUGUCUUUUUCGUGUGGUAGCAUGGCCAAAGAAACUUCAGAGGAGGGUGUGAACGUUUCAACAAGUUCAGACGCGAGAGUGACAGAGGAUACAGUUAGAGUAUCAACAAGAAUUUGUCAAGAAUCUGCAGCAGUUUCUCAUUGGACUCCCAAGAUCACUGAGCAGGUGCCUAUUUCUCCUGUAAGUCCAUUCAAGGUGAGAAGAAAAGAUGAGAAUGUUCCAUCAAGAGAUCAUGAGUUUUAGUUUUGGAGGAUCCUCACAUAGAUGAUAACAUUCAUUCUACAAGUAGGCAGUGGAAUAGUGAGGUAGUAGUUUGCCCCUGAACUAGGCAUUUGAGGACUAGAUCUCCAACAGCCAUUGCUAGUCAUUCACCUGUAGCUGACGGCUGUAGAAGCUCCGUUUACAACGGACGUAAUGUUUCAAGAGACUUGACAGACUGGAGAGAGAAUAGACAUUCUCGUUCUCAGUCAAGAAGCACAGAAAGAUACCAUCGAUCUUCCUCACCAGCCAAUUUAUCAAGACCUUUUCAUAGAUGGGCAUCGAGUGAGGUAGGUGCUUCAGGCAUAGGAUUGAGAGGUCGGGAUCUCCACAGACAUGAUAUUGGUGCUUCAGCCAAAAGAGCUGGUGGUCAUGAUCUCCCUAUACCUUCCACUUCAGUUGAACAGAAUAUUUUGGAAGCUGAAGAGGUAGCGAUCAGGAGUUUCUUCCUCUUAUGCAGAGGUUAUUGAUCAGAUUCGUCAGUUCAAUAACCUUUCAAGGACUGAAACUCCUUCCAUGAUUGUUCCUACUGGGAUAGAAGCUCUUUUAGGACCCAAGAAGGAUGUUAGGGUGUCCUAUGAAUUGCUGUGCUCCAGUCAUGUAGAAUCAGCUUUUGUCAGACUGCUUCAUUCUGGGUCUAAAGCUAUCUCAUACUUAACCAACUUAGCACUUAAUGUUUGGGCCAAUAUCUUGUUGAUGAGAAGAGAUGCAGCUGUAGCCAAGUUAAGCCAGCUGUGGUUGUAGAUUUUAUUCUCUCUCCACAACGGGGAUAUUUUCGUCUUGAUAUCUGUUACCUAAAGACAAACUAGAAGCAGCGAUUGAUAGGCAACGAUCUGAUACUAAUGACAGACUACUUCAACUAGCGGGUAAUAAGUCUACGGUGAAUCAAACUAACGAAAGAAGACAUUCAACAAAAUCCUCAAAAGAAGACAGAGACCUACUCUGGCCCCUAAAACUACUCCAUCAGCUUCUCCAAGAAAGAAACUGCCUCAAUGGCCCCUUCAGAACGCCUCCCCCUGCUCAGUGCCACCAGCGGGGGAAUGCCUGGCGAUUCAUUCGGAGUGGAGCUGUGGGUAGUGGAUGUCCUUCAAGUAGGUUAUCUAUUCCCAUUCGACUUCACUCCACCUCUGAUGAACACCCUCUACCACACCUUUCUUUACACUCCUGGGUCUCAGAAGCUCCUUAUUUUGCAAGAGGAAGUAAGAAAAAUGAUGGAGAAGAGAGCAAGUAUCGCUUCCUUCGAGAGGAUUCUGCCUGUAUUUUCCUUGUUCCAAAGGCCAGUGACGAUUGGAGGACUGUGAUAGACCUGUCAACCUUAAAUCUUUUCGUCAGGAAGACGAAAUUCAAAAUGGAAACUCUAGGACAGUCUUAGCAGCAGUCACAGACAGGGAUUUUAUGCUGACCGUAGACUUGAAGGAUGCAUACUUCCAGAUUCUGAUCCAUCAUUUUUCCUGUAAGUUUUUAAGAUUCAGUUUUGCAGAGGUGUUUCAAUUCACGGUGUUAUGUUCCAGACUGAAAACAUCACCUCAGGUGUUUACAAGAGUAGUAUUCACUUUGUGUCAACAUGGGUUCAUGUUCAAGGGAUCAGAUUGCUAAGAUAUCUGUCGUAGCAAAGUCCAGAGGGAAGUUACAUCCUUAACAAGUCUAGGGCACCGGAAGGUGGAUUGUGGCACUUGUAGACUUUUGUAUUUCAAUUAGCAACAGGUCCCAAGGACCAGAACCCCUGUCGUUAACCGGGGACUGUCUGUAAACUUAACCAUUUUCUGGAGAAAAUGAACAAUUGAAAAAGUUAAACGUAUAUUACAGAAUAUAAGCAUUGUCAUUGUAUGCCAUUUGCAUUUUAUAUUGUUUACCUUCUCAAAAUCUUGGCUGACAGAGCACUGUUGAUAUCUUCAUUGCCCUUACUUGGCUAUUAGAAGAGAUGUAAUUUAGAGAUAAUUUAUCUUGUAUGACAAAGUUGAGUUUAAAACGUGCACAGUACUUGAUUCUAUAAGUGUUAAGUGUGAUUUUGCCACUUCUGAACAUCAGUUUUGCUUGCUCCGUUAUUUUUUUUCUUUUAUAGUGACAGCAAAUAACGUCGGCAAUCAACCAUUUUUCUAUUUGGUUGUUUACGUUGGUACGGUUUACAAUUGCUUCUUCAAUUAAUUUUAAUGUGUUAGUGGAUGACAGAGCAUCAUCAUAAGGAUUAGAGAGAGAGACUCCCCAUUGCCCCGGUUAGGUUGUUACACUAACAGAUAUCCAUUAGCUAAAGCCGAAUAAUAUUUGUGUAUUGAGAAUAAUGGUCAUUUUAAUAAAAAUGACAAAUUUGUAACUAAUUUGUAUUUUUCAUAACUAACAAACCUGAGGUCUUAACAUUAAGAUUUACUAGCGCCAAGCUGGAAACCGGUAGAAUUAAAAUUAAACUUGUGAGAUCCAGGGACUAUUGGCAUCUAUACCAGGUUAUGGGGCAUAUACAGUGUUCCUCCCGUAUUCGCGGGAGAUGUGUACCAGACACCCACACGAAUAGUUAGAACUCCCCUCUAAAAAUACCCAUAUCUGCCUAUCUUGAAAGUUCAAAUACCAAAUGUCUACUUAAAGUAUUAUCCUACAUAAAGUAUUAUCCUACAUCAAAUAUACCAUUGAAUUGGUAUUAUUAAUAUCAUUUUAAAGUCAUCUUAAACAUUUUACCAUUAGAAAUAUAUAAACAACCAAUAGCAGAGAGAGAGAGAGAGAGAGAGAGAGAGAGAGAGAGAGAGAGAGAGAGAGAGAGAGAGAGAGAGAAUAACUCCUUACGAUUUCAAUAGAUUGAAAUGAACAUCUGUAGGCAACACUUUUUUCCCCUCCCAUAAAUACAUAUAUUUCUUCACAGAAGAGAGAAAGAGAGGACUGUGCAAUUAUGUAUGUCUGUCUAUCAAUUCUUUUGCUGAGAGCAAGAGAGAUAAAAGAAGGAAGAAAUAGAAACACCAAAUGUAUACCUUAUGUAACAUCCUGCAUCAAAUUUACCUUAAAUUAUUAUCAUAUUACUGUAUUAAUCAUAGAGAUUGUAUUAACCCUUAAACGCCGAAGCGGUAAAAAAAAAUUGUCUCCCGUGUGCUGGAGGUGUUACAGAGUAAGCGCGGAAGCGGAAAAAAUAUUGUUUUCAAAAAAUCACAGCGCGCUUAGUUUUCAAGAUUAAGAGUUCAUUUUUGGCUCCUUUUUUUGUCAUUGGCUGAAGUUUAGUAUGCAACCAUCAGAAAUGAAAAAAAUUAUCAUUAUCAUAUAUAAAUAAUGCGAUACAGUGGGGCCUCGCUUAGUCACGGAUCAGCAAUCACGGAUUCAGUUAAUCACGGGUUUUCCUUGGACCACUUCUCAGUCUAUAUCACUGGUAUGAAUCCCUGGUAGGCUAAGCCUCGUCCGUUUCCGAUAACCAACAAAUGCAUGAACAGAUUCACAUUAUGAUAUUAAAUAUUAACUGACAAUAAAGGUAAUAAAACCAUUCUCACCUUAUAUAUUAUUGCAUAUCUUCAUAAUAUAUAGCCUAUUCAUGGAAUAAUCCCACAUCAUUGACAUCAACUUGUAGUUGAGCGGCCAGCAGAAAUGUAAACAUUGAGUUACACUUAACAGCACCUUUGUCAUUCUUAACCUUUUAGAAAUGUUAAUAGUAUUAUUGUAAUUACAGUAGUAAUAACAUUUAGGAAAACAUUAAUUUUCAAUUCGAACUUCUUUAUUGUUUUGGUAUAACGUAAUCAAACACGGCAGUCAUACAAACGAUAAUUGUCAUAGAUUAUCAUAUUGUUGUUUGCGAUCGGCGACGAAGCUUAAACGUAACAAAACCAUUUUACCUUAUGUAUUAUUGUCAUAAUUAUAUUCAUAAUAAAACGCAUAUCUUAUAUAUCAUUGGCAUAUCUUCAUAAUAAAAAGCUUCUUCAAGGAAUAAUUCCUUGGGGAAUGCAUUUUUCAAAAGACAAAAAUACACUUUAUAUGUUUACAGCAUGCAACGAUUACUUUAGUUUGAUGUGAUUACAUUAAUAUUACAGUAUGGUACUCUAAGCAGUACAGUAACUAUUUUUUUUAAUCAUAAAUGUAUAUUCAUUCACGAAAAAAAUACGUAUGACCACCUUGACGUCACCAAACCUAUAAUAGUCUUGUUCGUACACAAUAUGAUAGUGGUUACACCGUUCUACAAACUACCGAUGUAUUUUUACGUAAGUAUCCUCUAAAUUCUGUCAUAAAUCACUUACUUUUUUGUGGAGCCCAAAUACUACGUAUAUCCCAGAAAAUUAACAAAAUCGCGAAUUUUAUCAUAGAGCAAGAUUCACUAAUUACUGUGUUUUCUUCUUCUUUUCAUAACUAAAUGAUUUUUAGGAUACACUCAUUUACAAAUGUUCAAAUACUAUGAAUGUAAAUAGCAAAUUUUUUUUUUUCUCUCUCUCUUAUCACUUGCAGAAAAAACUAUAAUACUGAUCUAUUAUUAUCGUAAUAAAAGAACAAAAAGGUCUUUUAUUCUUUCUGUGAUUUACGAAACUGCUUCAAUACAACUUUUAUAGUUGACUCAAUGAUUAUCACAUUAUAACAGUAUACAAGAGAAUAUCUUAUCACUAUCCAUGUUUCAUUUCUUAUCACCAUAAAAAUAUUUCAAAUACAAAUUUCAUAAUGUAUUUCUCGAGCUAAACUAGUAACAGUACGCUCGUCCUAGGCUGGUCUCUCAAGCUAUUCAACAGUUACUCUCAUCCCAAGCUUCUCUCUCUCUCUUUCUUUCUUUCUUUUAUCACUUGCAGAAAAAACUAUAAUACUGAUCUAUUAUUAUCGUAAGAAAAGAACAAAAAGGUCUUUUAUUCUUUCUGUGAUUUACGAAACUGCUUCAAUACAACUUUUAUAGUUGACUCAAUGAUUAUCACAUUAUAACAGUAUACAAGAGAAUAUCUUAUCACUAUCCAUGUUUCAUUUCUUAUCACCAUAAAAAUAUUUCAAAUACAAAUUUCAUUAUGUAUUUCUCGAGCUAAGCUAGUAACAGUAUGCUCGUCCUAAGCUGGUCUCUCAAGCUAUUCAACAGUUACUCUCAUCCCAAGCUGCUCUCUCUCUCUCUCUCUCUCUCUCUCUCUCUCUCUCUCUCUCUCUCUC